CGGGUUGUAAUUGUAGACAAUUGUACAGACACUUGCACCUGGUAUAAAACGUUUGUAGAAUAUAGCGUUAAAAAACAAUGGACACGUAAUCGUGCCCUUCCAUCGAAAAAUUCCCACCUUGCAAACCAGUUAGUGGUUUAAAAGAGCAGAUUCUAUCCUGUUGAAACAGACAGCAGUGUAUCUCCGGAACAAACAACCUGCUGCACACAUGAAACUUAUUUUUGGUUGUGGUUAGUGAUGACGUGAGAUGGAUGCAAUCACUUUUAGACAAGGUGAGUUCCUGUCCAGGCCCACCCUUUUAAGACAGUCAGACGACGGGGCCCUCCUCUCAACUAGCAUGAAGAUGUCCGACACAGAGAAGACUGAGGGCUUUGCGGCUGAUGACACACUCCCAGAGUGCCCUGCACAGGGUGGGUCAGCUGCUUCUGUCAGGAGGGUGCCGGAGAAGGCCCUUAAAACAGAAACCACCAGCUCCGCUCCUGGAGAAAAAGAUGGGGACAGCCCCUUGCAGACGGAGGGUGACCCCAGUCUGCUGUCCAUGCCCUGCCUCAUGAAGGAGCUGCGACGAGACUCCCCAGAGUCCCUGCAUGCCUCCACUGGCAGCGACAAGCCCACCUCUGGCCAUGUCUACGAGAGUGACUCGUCCAACCCCUGCAUGCUGUCGCCCUCCUCCAGCGGUCACCUGGCUGACUCGGACACCCUGUCGUCCGGUGAGGAGGGAUGCACGCCACGGGCGGCCGGAGAGGCCCGGUCCGCGGAGGCUGGGGCCGACACCGGGUUGGCAACUGGGGGUCAGAUGUCGGCAUCAAGUGGGCGAAAGUCCCGGCGUUCGCGUUCCGAAAGCGAGAUGUCCACCAGCACAAUGGCUGCCAAGAAAAACCGCUGCCAGCUCGCACCAGCGGCGGCUGCGGUGGUGGUGGGAGGAGGAGGAGGAGCAAGCGGCGAGAAGCAGACCAAUGGCCGGCUGGCUAAAGUCAAAGGUCACCGGAGCCAGAAGCACAAGGAGCGGAUCCGGCUCCUGAGGCAGAAGCGCGAGGCGGCGGCACGGAAAAAGUACAACCUGCUGCAGGACAGCAGUACAAGUGACAGCGACCUGACCUGUGACUCCAGCACCAGUUCCUCGGAAGAUGAGGAUGAGGCAACCGGCGGCAAGACAAUCCCUACAGACAUCCCAGCUGGCUUCCACCGUGCCUCGGAGGGUUCCGGAGUGGGCGCUCAGAUUCAGGGCCUGCUCGACGGUGGCGGCUCCUGGGACAGGAACAGCAUCGGCAGCGUGCUGGAGGAGGCCAUGACACGCUUUGCUGUGAUGCAGCGGCAGACCGAGGAGCGCUUCCGCGUCUGGAUGGAGAAGCUGACGCGCCUCGACUCGGACGACAGCGGCGACUCGUCCAUCCAGUCGAGCGACGCGCCCCGCCGGCGCCACCGUCACAGGGUGCCCCGCCCGUCCCCACCCAGCUCGUUCCUGCCCUCCUCUGAGUCGCAGGAGACGAUGGCGGCUUACACGUUGGCCCGGGAGAACGCCAAUGUCACCAUGAGAGGCGUGGCCCCCGAUCCCCUGAACAACAACAACAACGUCUUGCCUGAUGUCGUGCCAGUGGCCGCUCAGAAUGGAAACCUGGAUGUGUCAGACCCCAGGCUCUUGAACGCUUAGAUUCCCUCCUUGCACUUGUGGAGUGCAUCAGAGCUGUGUUUUCCAAAUGGAUAAAGUUCCACUACCAUCACACACACACACACACACACACACACACAGUCAACACCCUGGUGACGGCGGGUCAUGUGCUUAUCUGAUUUCCGUGUUUUAUUGUGGAUUUUAUUCACCCAGCCACCAAUUGUACUGACAGCGUGGUGUGCGUUGUUCCAUACUAGUUAACGUGGUGAGCCUGGCCUUGACUGUGUUUCAACGGAAAACUGACUAAGGAUUUGAGACUGGAUGAAGUGCGUUCGGGGACUGUUUGAAUGACACAGAUGUCCUCCAUGCCUGCGAAGAGCUAUGUGGCUCAUGGCAGCUGCGGGUGCUAAAUCACUGUGAGAUCUCCUAAUCUUUUGAAUGCAUUUUAAACAGCUGCUGGUUCUUGGAGCCAAAUGACUUGUUUUUACUGCAAUUUAUAGAAAAUGUUUAGCUAUUUGACAUGGACAGUGCAUAUUUUAUUAACAGAGACCAUUGAAUCAGGGCUCUCCUUGUAUUGCUUGCGGUAUGGCCGAUUACAAGACUAUACGUUUACCAGCUCUCACACACACACGUGCGCACACACACACACACACGCACGCGCGCAAUCACACACCCCUACAGUUCGCACCGACUGGUAGAAUAACGUGCAUUACAGCCCCCCCCCCCACCCCCCCCAGACAGCCAUGUUGGAAGGGGGCUGCUUCGUAGCAUGUGCCUUGUUACGCCCUAUUCAUUCUAGGAACACAAACCCUGUAAACAGAGUCCGUGUUAAUCAGAACCACAUCCGCUGGGUUAGUGUAAUUCAUGAGGUAAAUACGUGUCAGUGUUUUCAUAGCCUUUUACUUUGGUGGCAAAGCUUUACUAACAGUGAACACUAGAGGAAACAUUCUCUGACGCAGGAUGUCCAACGAUACUGUUCCUGGCUUCAAGCUGGAUGUCCAACAUUUUUGGACUCAUGUUUAGGUAAAGCUUAGAUGUCUUUCACCUCAGCAGUGUUUGCGGUGGCAUAAGACCGUUACAGAUUCAGCCUUUAACUGUGCUGGUAAAUUGUGGGCUCUAGAUGCCUGUGAUGUUAUGUGAUUAAUAAGUGCUAACAGGAAGAGCCUGGUAUAUUUCCAUAUCCACAUAGUAGUUAGUUGUGCCGUUGGUUGUGUGUUUCUUCUUAACUUGCCUGUGCCUCAAGCAAGUGCUGCCCUUUUUAUGUUUUUAAACCAGUAGUUGGAUUGAUUUAACUUUUUCCCAGACUGAAACCAGCUUACAGAACAGUGUGGUGGGGAUGAGGAGCAGUAAAGCGCAUGUCAAUGUUUACUGUUACCUAAUGUAUAGGAGUUUGAUGUCAAAUGACUUUUUGACAGCACGCCUAUUUGAGUUCAAUGAAAUCUUCCAUACAUACAUUGUAAUGGCCCAUAUUGAUACUCUGUGACCUGAAUGCCAAAAUUAUAAAAAAAAAAAAAUAAAUACAUUCAUAUCUUCGUCUAUAGAAAAUAUAAUUGUAGUGCUUGCUACCAAAAACAAGGUCAUCUGUUAGUGUUUCUGAUGUGAAUAUCUGCCAGCAGAGCGCUGUCACUUCAUGUGCUGUGCAAAGGUAGUUUCUGUCUAGCAAGGAGAUGUGAAAAAUACUGUAUAACACCGACCAUUCUUGGAUCCUGGGUAGCUGUCCAUGUUGUUAUCUGGCUAAAGAAAUUACAGGCUUUCAUAAGGAAAGUAAUUUGACUAAUGUGUGUUCACCCAACUUCUGUUCACAUUUCUCCAGCAGAUUGUGGUCAUUGAAAGUGAUAAAAUGGCUGUUAAUAUUUAAUUGUGUUCAGGAAGAUGUACGCUGCGGAUUAAUAUGCUGUGCUGUAGUAUCUGCAGUUCUGGCUCACCAGCGCCACUUUCAGAACUAUGACUAAAACUUAUCCACAUUUAUUUUAAACUUUCUCAAACUCUUUGUCUGGGGUGAAAACGUUCUCUCGGAAUACGGUGCAGUUUGAAAAAUGGGUCAAUUCUGAGCUCCCUGCUCUCCUGGAUGUUUCGACAUUCAGGUCCAAAAAGUAACUUUCUGCCCACUACCUCCGUCAGCAAACAUUUAGGUAAGGUCUGGUUAAACCAAAAGGGGAUUCUGUAAAAGAGAUUUACAUGUAAAUUAGUUGAGCCAGUGGUGUUUCCUGGUUCAACUAUUUUAAUUGCUUGAGCCUGAACACCAGUCUCCAGCUAUUUUUAAAUGUAAUGAUAACUUCUAUAAACUAACUAAAUAUCCAGGAGCUAGCUUGAGGAACUUGUCCCGGAAGUGCGGUGUCAUUCAUUGGGGUGUCUUGGAGCAUUGUUGGUUUUGCAAAUGAAAAUGUAUUGCAUACGGAAUAUAGCUACACAGAACAAAAUUUAACACUGUGUAAACUGCAUCAAAUUCUUACUGUUUGCAUGUAAUCUUCUCUUUAUGUAUAUGUGCAAGUAUCAAAAAUUCUUAAUUUAUUAGCCUGUGUGCAAAGGUAACCGUUUGCUCAUGCUCAUUUAUUGUAGUGAGUGACAUACCUUCCUUUGAUUCUAUGUUAACAGGACUUGGUCCAGCUCUCGUCUCCUGCCUUCAAUUUCAUGAAGCCCAGUUCAUCUGACCCUAUUUAGUUUGCCUUACUGUCCUGCAUGGGUCAC